AACCCUUGUGCUCACUGUGAGGCUCAUUCUUGGGUCCUGAGGCUCACUCUCAGCUCACAUCUAACAUGAAGCUGGGAUUUAUAAGCUGUAAACUACGACUUACACCUAACAACAUGUGCCACAGUUCGCAGCUAACAUGAAGCUAGGAUUUAUAAGCUAUAAACCACGACUUAUACGACUUACAAUAUGUGCUACAGUUCACAGUUAACAUGCCCAAACAUCAACGAGCAUAUUACUAAAGAUAUUGUUUUAUAGAAAUUAAAGCUAAAAGUCGUUACUGCUCAAAGGACCUCAAACCAGUAGACAUUCAGUGAAGGGAAAUAGCUAUUAGUGACAAGUGAUGUUGGUAGUGUAAAAGAAGAUAUACAGUUGGAGUCGAUUAUGCCUCCAACACCAAAUGCUGUGGACGUCAGGAUGGGGUGGUCCUACAUAAGGCGGGUCAGCAGCCUACUUGGGCUAAGUGUCCGCAGCAGUUCCAGCUUCCACGAACAAACCUCCAGCAUAGACCACCACAUCGCCUCCAUCUACUACAAGUCUAACAUGGAGUUCGUGGAUAUCGAGGCUGGAGACUCAACACUUCUAGGAGGGAUCGGGGAGGAGACAGACGCCCAAGGAGCCGAUGGAGACUUGGCAGUGGUGACAAAUGGUGGCCAGACGUAUCAACUCUACCUUCUACGAUGACUCUCCCAGGAGCUCCGAGGAUUCUCACAAUGCCGAGCGCUUUGACACCAUGGCCAGAAACUCCAUGACUUCCCUACAACAACGCCGACAGUCCACUUCCUCAGCCUUCACCACCGAGCCUCUUACAGCCACAACCAAUGACCGUAACUGGUCGUGGCGGUACCUCAGGGAAAGGUUCAGAAUCAAGGAACUUGAAGACUUAUUCGAGCAGUACCAACAGCGGCUGCACCACGCCAUGUUCAUCGUUUACCUCUUCCUUCAGCUCACCAUUUCAUGUGUGUUCAUCACGGCGUUGUUCAGCAGCCAGUCCCCCUUGGAAGAGGUGGUGCCGGAAGCGACGGGUCACGGAGCCAUCAUAAUGGUGUCCUUAGUAAUGCUGGUGUACGUCUAUAGUGAGAAAACUUUCCGUCAGUUCCCCAGCCUGCACAUAGUCAUGUCCGGCUUGGUAGUCGUCACUGUCUUCGCCACCGACUUUGCUCUGACCUUCUACUACCAUGACAACGAUGUCAGCGGCGGUCAACACACGGUUGUCAAGUUUGGAAACAUGGUGUACUUGCUGCUGGUAAUAUACGUGUUCCUGCCCAUUCCCCGAAAAUGGCAGGUGAUACUGAUGGCUGUGCUACUAACUCUAGGCUACCUAGCACUGGGCUGCUAUGCCAUUAGUAGUUCCAACACCCUCUACGUUAUCACCAGGAUGUGUGUGGAGGUGAUGGUGGUGGUGUGUGUGAACCUCGUGGGCGUUUACUGGCGCUUCAUGAGCGAGGUUGCCUUCCGCAGAGCCUUCCUCGACAAGCGUGGAAACCUCGAGUCUAAACUUAAGCUAGACGCAGAGAAACAGCAGGAAGAAAAUCUUCUUUUGAGUGUGCUGCCAAAGAACAUUAUGCAGCAAGUUAAGGCUGCCUUCCGUGAGUCAAUUUUGAAGUCUCAGAACACCACAGUCAGCCCCAUUACCAAGAAGAACCCUUUCCCAAACCUGUACAUUACCCGGCACAAGAUGGUAUCAAUCCUGUAUGCUGACAUUGUCAACUUCACUCCUUUGACCACCAAACUCAGCGAGAAAGACCUGGUUGAGAUGCUCAACGAUCUCUUUGGCAAAUUCGACGACGCUGUCGAGAGUCAUAACUGUCUGCGGAUCAAGAUCUUGGGUGACUGUUACUACUGCGUCUCAGGAGUGCCGGAGUUCGUCGCUGACCACGCCCACAACUGUCUCAAAGUCGGCCUGGAGAUGAUUGACAUUAUCAGAGACGUCAGGGAGGACAGAGGUGUGCAGGUGGACAUGAGGAUAGGCAUCCACAGCGGUAGUGUCUUGUCAGGCCUCAUCGGCGUUCGUAAAUGGCAGUUCGAUGUGUGGAGCAACGAUGUAACCAUCGCCAACCACAUGGAGCAGACAGGAGUGGCUGGUCGAGUUCACGUGACACAGAACACACGGGAGCUUCUAUUUGGCCUCGACUACGAGUUUGAACCUACCGAUGCACAGCAGAAAGAUCAACUUCUGCAGGAGGAGGGUAUAGAGACCUUUCUUAUCAUCCCUAAGAAAAAGAUAACAAGCAACAGGAAGGUGUCUUACUGUCAGCCUGUGUUGGUCAAGCCAACGAUCACUCAGCCGGUAGAUCUGUCAGAGCUGAACAACUUCUACGAGGGAGACAUUACCAAGACUAUUACCAGCAGUGUCCAGUAUCCACAGGGAGUGACCAGGGGGUCUAUCCUCCAGAAGAGGCGGUCAACACACACAGAAGGCAGCAGCAGCCUGUCGUCGAAGCGACGGACGGUAGUGACUGACAACGCCCUGGCUAACUUCCAGAGGAUCAUGGUCGACUCCAAGAAGUUCAUGGAGGAAGCCAUAGAGAAAAUGCCCCUCAGUAAAUCUGACCAGUGGUUCCAUCCUGAGGGCAUCCACCCGCUAAUACUGUUCUUCACUAAGGAGAAGUGGGAGGCAGAUCUACUGAAGCAGGCAGACCCACUCUUCAAGUAUUACAUUCUCUCUGCCCUCCUCAUAUUCACCUCAGUCUUCAUCAUACAGGAGGCUCUCAUGCCCGGGAAUACUUUGGGUUGGCGGUGUGGAGUGGUGUGCGUGGCCUCCCUGGCAAUAGUGGUUUCGCUAGCUUGGGUCUCCACUAUACACCAGCACCACGUCGACCCCCACAACGACUCAGAGUGUGAGACCAACGAGAGAUACGCCAUCACCAACUUCUUCUACGACACCUACAUGACCAUAGUUACCUCCAUAGGAGUGAGGAUUAUGCUCUUCCUGUUUAUUUGUAGCUUACUCUACAUCUGCGCUCUCAUUAACCUGGUAAGUGAUGAUAAAUUAAAUUUAACUCACUGCUACAGCAUUUGCAUAACAACUUGUCCAUGUGUUGCACAGAACUUCACGUACAGUUACACACUGGUGUUGCUGGUUACUUGGAGCUUCUUCAGGAUACACUUCCUUAUAAAGUUUGCAGUGUACGUCAUCGCUGUGGCUGCCUACGCUGGCAUAGUCCUCACCGCCGCUGAGGAAGUGUACAGCCACGCGCACCUGAGCGAUGUGUGUCCACCGCUGACGGUUUCCAGUGUGGGACUGGGCGAGGAAAUGUGUCACGUGCUUUUUAUCUGCACUAUCUUCCUGGCUCUACAUAUGACCGACAGACAGAUGGAGUACAUCGCCAGGCUGGACUUCCAGUGGAAACAACAACUACAGAAGGAACAGGACGAAGCUCACACCACAUAUACUGCUAACAAAUUGCUGCUGGAAAACCUGUUACCAUACCAUGUUGCCGACGUUUUUCUGAAUCGCCAGUCAAACUUAGGCGAACUGUACCAUGAGUCUUACCAGCAAGUGAGUGUCAUCUUCGCAUCCAUCCCCAGCUACGCUGAGUUUUACCGCGAGAAUGUCAACAUUAAUGACGGCACGACGUGUCUCUCUGUUCUCAACGAGAUCAUCUCAGACUUUGAUAUGGUACAAAUUUGCCAGUACACGUGGCCUGGCGACGAAGCUCUCGCUUCACACGGUAUAGACGUGGGUCCGGUGAUCGCAGGUGUAGUGGGAGCCAAACCCAUGUAUGACAUAUGGGGGAACACUGUCAAUGUGUCGUCGAGGAUGGACUACACCGGCGAGAUGGGCAUGAUACAUACGACGCCAGAAGUAGGAGAGAUCCUACGAGAGUUGGGAUGGAGUGUACAGUGCCGAGGAGACAUUUUUGUCAAAGGUAAAGGAAUAAUGACUACAUACUUUGUGGAUCCCAGGAGUGUCCCAUGUGAGCCAGAAGUCUCUGCUCCCAUCAACGAUAACAUCCCCGCUCCGGACCCACUUAAUGAGAGGAGGCGAAGUAGCCAGCUGAGUGUGUCCUCCUUGAUGGCUCUCCUGUCAUCUCAGAGAGGCAGUUUAGACAUCAACACAGGCAAAGACGAUGACGACACACAAAGCGAUCAGUCUUUUCCUAUAUAUAGAUUAAUUACGGAUGGAGAAGAAACUCCUCUGCAAACCAAUGAUCAAGUACUUGAAACGGCAGCUAUGGAUCCUCCCUACAGUUUGGAUUCAGAACUGAAACCCAUGAAGAACUCGAAAAUAUAUCAACCCUACCGCCAUCUGGAAGUAACUGACUUUAAUUCUGAGGUUCAUGACACUCAAAGGGACAUUGACGUGUUCUAAUAUUUUAUACCAAAGAGAGAUACACAUUUUCAGGCGUUGUUGGGUCAGAUAUGAAUACUUCUGUUGGUAUACCAAAGGUAUGUCAAUCAAGUAAGUCUUCAGGUUGCUCCUAAUUCAGAGUUACCAGUGUUGUGUUAGCAGGUCCUUGCCUCAGUAGUCAUUUGUACUAGACAUCCAUUAUUAUGCAAGGUCACUCGUAGCUCAAUGAUAGACCAUUCAGCUCACCACUGAAUGAACUGUGGUUCAGUUCCCAGGUAAGAUAAGAUGUUCGGGGAGUCCCUUACACCUGCUGCCUCUGUUCACCUAGCAGUAAAUAGGUACGUGUGCGUUAGCUGACUAUUGUGGGUCACAUCCUAGGUAAGAGGACUUAAGAACCACAUUUUAAGCCACACUGUUUGGUUUUCUUGGGUUAAAAACUCUCUGGGGUCAGUGUGCAUAAGAAUAUUUUUUACUUUUUCUCUUAUUGUUUUCAAGAAAGCGUCAAGUUUCAUGUGUCCCAGUCUUCGAGAACGAAGGUGUGGCGGAGCAUGAACUCAGGGCCAGAAUACGUGCUGAGCCUGGCGCUAGUAUACAGAUUAAUAGGCAUUUAAUACCUGAUUGUGGUGGACAGAAUAGACAUGUAGCGCCUGGCGUCGAUGGACAAGUCAGUAGAAUGAAACACCUGGCACUGGAAAGGCGUCAGUUCAGCCUCCUCACACAAUCACACUUGAGUCACAAAGCGAAUAAUGUGCGAGAAAAUGUGAUACUAGUAAUACUUUAUCAUGUUACUAAAUGUUCAAAUGCUCUUAGGUUGCUAAACUAUUUACAGUGUACAUAAUAGCUUAUGGUAUAUUUUUAUGAUAGCAGUUACUCGGGUAUAUAAUUACAAUCAGUUUGGUCUGAGGCAGAUGUGUCAGCGUUACUUCAAUACGCUAUUAAAGCAAUAAGUAAGAAAUAUAUUUAUCCUUACUCCGCUCCUUCAAUUAAAGGAGGGAGUGCCUUCGUGCGGGUAAAGUACUCUUGAUCCACGGAACUGGAGUUACCUCUAUUCUUAUAUCAAACCUGAUUUCCACCCAUUUACCAGGCGUUAUAGCACAACAGUUGGUUUUGUGGAUGUUAUAUUAAUAGUCAUGUGCGAGCUAACCCAUGAAGGUCAUACGGCUACUCAGAAAUGAGAAAUAACAAGUUGGAUCCAAGGAAAGGAAGAUAACUUCAGUUUGUUGGAUCGAGCUCUUCACCAGGAUUAAUUGAGGAACCCUUUGGAAGAGGUGCAUAAAAUAUUAGGCCAAUAUAUUACAAAGUUAUAUGUGGAUGAAAGAGCCACAAACAAUCCAAGGAAAACUGAAUAUAUAACAUUACUCACUCUUCUUUACGUUUCCUUUCUGGUGAAGACUUCUGUAGAUAUUCUAUGAGAUACAUCGCUUAAAUGUAUUUGUCAUCCUUUUGAGUCAAAACUUGCGGACAUUGCUUAUAAAGGAGCGAUAAUUUAGGGACAAUUACGUACGCGAGAUCUAUUUUGCUAGAAUAUUAACCCACUUAGGAUUUUUCAAUCAAUGAGAUAAUCUAUUAGAAAUAUCGCCCAUAGUGGGCGAUAAAUCACCUAAUAAAAUGUUCUAAACUAUUCCACAUUAUCUGGGUAUUAACAUACAUUGUACCGAACAUCACUUCCACAAGCUAAGUAUAUGUUUAUUUUUGUUAUAAUUGCAAAAAUCUAUUUGAACAUAUUAAAAUAUUUCAUUGAUAUAAAAUAAUACUGACUAAUUUAGUAAAGUUAGACCAUUUUGCGAAGUUAUUUGAGAAAUACGAGUUUGUAUAUAAUGUUUAGUGACGUAACAAUGUUUAUAUAUUAAUAAGAGAAUAAGAUACGAAAAACAAUUGAUGAAAGUUCAAUGAGACUGACCGGUGUUGACUGGAGUAUAUGUCAACAUUGAGGUGACUGGAUCUUCCAUUUAUGGUGAUCGUUGUAUCGAACCUGAUUACCUCCUAUUUCUUAGGUGCUUCCCCAUGAGUAAAAUAUCAGAAAAAAAAUAGUACAAAUCCCACUGUCUUUUAUUCUUGUACUUGCUCACAUUUUUAAGGUAAUCACAACUUAUUUAUAAUUAUUAUCAUGUCUUCUUCUUGUGUUCACUGGAAAGCUUUAAACCAGUAGGGUUCUUACAGUACCUGGGGAAUGGAAGGUAAUCAGGUUUCAUCCGAGUGAAAGGGGGGAUUCCUCAAAUUCCUUGGAUCAAGAGACACCAGCAUCACAACACACUCCACUAAAGGGUGUUCUUAUUUUAAGCCGAUGCUGUGUAUUGUACCAUAAUAACUGAAUAAUAACAUAUCGUGGAAGCCUUAAACUAAGUGUUACAAUAAAAUAUACCACUGUUACCAAUGUUUUCUUCUGAUAUAACUGAAUUUCAGACACUUAAAAUACUGAACUUUUGUGUACAUUAUAUUUUACUAAGUAUCUUAUAUACUUUAUAAAGCUGAAGAUUUUGUAAAGUAUUUAUCACUUUGACUUGAACUGAUGUGCGUAAUAUAUCAGGUAGUUGUAAAUAUGUAUAUUAUAUUAUGUGGAAGGUAAUAAGGGAGGUAAUAAGGGAGGUAAUAAGGGAGGUAAUAAGGAAGGUAAUAAGGGAGGUAAUAAGGGAGGUAAUAAGGGAGGUAAUAAGGGAGGUAAUAAGGGAGGUAAUAAGGAAGGUAAUAAGGGAGGUAAUAAGGGAGGUUAUAAGGAGGUAAUAAGGAAGGUAAUAAGGGAGGUAAUAAGGAAGGUAAUAAGGAAGGUAAUAAGGGAGGUAAUAAGGGAGGUAAUAAGGAAGGUAAUAAGGAAGGUAAUAAGGAAGGUAAUAAGGAAGGUAAUAAGGGAGGUAAUAAGGAAGGUAAUAAGGAAGGUAAUAAGGAAGGUAAUAAGGGAGGUAAUAAGGAAGGUAAUAAGGGAGGUAAUAAGGAAGGUAAUAAGGGAGGUAAUAAGGGAGGUAAUAAGGGAGGUAAUAAGGAAGGUAAUAAGGAAGGUAAUAAGGGAGGUAAUAAGGAAGGUAAUAAGGGAGGUAAUAAGGGAGGUAAUAAGGAAGGUAAUAAGGGAGGUAAUAAGGAAGGUAAUAAGGGAGGUAAUAAGGAAGGUAAUAAGGGAGGUAAUAAGAUGUACUAGGUCAGGAACUUGUAAAAAAUAAAGAAUUAGAUUUAUGGUGUUUUGUAUUCUCUAGACGACAUACAAUGUUAUUUAUGUGAAUGUUGAGAUCAUUUAUAAAUAAAUGUUGAAAUGUA